AUGCAAAGUGUUACGAGUGCUGUUUUCUUGCUGGUUUUAGUUACAUUGAUAUUGGCCCACCAAGCGCCAUCAUUUCCGGGUCAGAAUACACAGGAGCCAAUAGAAAUGCACCAUCAAGACCAAAUGCAUCAGAAACACACACCACCUCAGGGUGCUCGAGAGUUCGGAGGUGAACAAGCGAAGAAUGCUGAGCAUAUUAAUAAACAUUUGAAUGGUAAACGUGAUCCGAUUGCAAAAAUGACACCCGAACAGUUGCAAUUCCAUUAUUUCAAUAUGCACGAUCUGGACAGUGAUGAAUCUCUGGAUGGGAUUGAAUUAAUUAAAGCAAUCACACAUUUUGAUGAAGAAAAUCGGGAUUCCCGACAAGGUUCAACUCAGUUGCCACCAGUAAUAACGGAAAUGGAAAUUGAACGGAUGUUGGAUCCAAUCUUUGAUUCGGAUGAUAUCAACCGAGAUGGUUAUAUUAGUUAUGCAGAAUUUUCCAUAGCUCAAAAGCAACGAGACGAGCAAAUGAGGCUGCAAUACCAGCAACAACAAAAGCAACAGCAACCUGCGCAGCAAUGA